UGGAGCUUUUGUCUUCUUUGCCAGCUUUCUUUUCAUUCACUGCUAGCUCUAGCUCUCGUUUGACCUUAUGUCUGGGUAUCAUGUCUGCCUGUUUCAACUACCCCGCAGCUAGCGGCCCUGCAUCAGCACGGUGGUACAGGUAGACGACGCUGACUUGAAGAGGUUGUGUGCUGUGCAAGUGUCACUGUUGAACUGCUACAAUGGGAGUUCUAACGCUGUGGCCAAUGCUGGAAGCUGCUCGUGAGGUGUGUGAUCUCCAGGUCCUGUCUGGAAAAACUCUAGCAGUAGACUUGAGUGGAUGGAUCUGUGAAGCCUGCGCUCUUCGGGCGACCAUUGGAAAAAUCAACAAGCCACAUCUGCGUACCCUGUUUUUCCGCGUUGCUCAACUGUGUCGGCUGGAUGUGAAGCUAGUGUUCGUGUGCGAUGGCAAUGCUGUGGAGCUCAAGUACGAGACAAUUUCCAAGCGUAUCGAUGCCAGGAAUGGCCGAACCUCGGGUCAAGCCACUGGCAGCAAGACGAAAAAGAAGUGUUCUCGCACACAGCUGAAUCGCCGAGUGAAAGAGUGUGUAGAUCUAUUGAGUUGCCUGGGAAUACCCACGAUCAAGGCGAAUGGCGAGGCCGAGGCGUUGUGUGCACUUCUCGACGCAGCAGGGCUAGUGGAUGGCUGCAUUACUGAAGAUGGCGACGCUUUUCUCUAUGGUGCCAAGGUGAUUUACCGUGGCUUGUCAACAAGCUCAAAGGAGAUGGAAGUCAGUCGUUACUCGAUGAGUCAAAUAGAAGACAAGCUUGGGCUGAAUCGGCGCAAGCUAGUGUCACUCGCCAUACUCCUGGGCUGUGACUAUCUUCCUCAUGGUAUACCCGGCGUGGGCAAGGAAACAGCCCUGAAGCUGCUGCAGUGCGUGCACGGUGAUAUUCUUGACAGGUUUAACUUUUGGACGCGCUGCAGAGGCAAGUCCAGUGAGAUCACCGACACCAUUGAAAGUAGAGUUUGCAGGAAAGCAUUGGACGUGUCCGGCUUCCCUUUCCCAGAGGUCACCAAUGAAUAUCUAACUCCUGACGAAGCUCUACCACCAAAGGCCUUCUCUUGGGUGCGGCCACGACUUCAUGCUGCAUGUGAUAUGUUAUCAUUGCUGUUAGAGUGGCCAGAGCAGUACGCAUGGGACAAGGUAUUUCCGCUACUUGCAAACUGGCAUCUGAAAGUCACCUUAUCACCACCAACACUUCUUCAAGCACACACGCCCGUGUGUUACUGUGUAGUGUUUCGGUACUGGCUUUGCGAUACUGCUUCCAAUUCAAGAAAACUGUUGGGGGAUCUGCUCUACAAACGAGUUACUCGUCACAAAGUUUUUAUUACAAUCAGCAGAAUGAUCUUGAAGACAUGCGUCCGUGCCGGUGUACCCUGCUAUGAAGUGGCGUGGAGGGGCAGCGAAGCACAGCGGCCGCGUAGUCUGGACGAUGCAGCCACGGCAACUGCUUCAGCUGCUGGGGAGCCCGACUGGAUGAUCAGCAUUGAACAUCGUGAUCUUGUUGAAAAGUGCCAUCCUAAGGUUGUUGAUCAAUUUGUGGCUCAGCAGGAGUGCCUGAAGAAAGCAAAGAAAGCUGGAGCUCGCCAGCGCAAAAAUACAGAGAAGAAAAAGAAGGGGGCUGAGGCAACAACAAGUACAGCCACAGCCGACAAGGAGAACACUGUCCCUGAAUCUGCUAAGACUGAACUAACUACUGAACCACUGCAAGCGAAGUCAGCAUCAUCAGGCAAAGUCGCAGAAAAUGCCGGCGUUCCCUUGCCAGGUGCGGCUUCCCUGCCAGCUGUGCGUUCAUUGAGAGAUAGACUGAAGAGGCCAGCUGCGCCGGCAGCUCGGGAAACUCUAUCACAACGCGGAGUUGAUCCUACGAACAUUGAUUGUGUUGUGGCCUCAACGAAUCCUUUCAAGCUGCAUGAUGAGAGCCUAGAAGUAAUUAAAGCACAGGGAUUUGACUAUGCCCUAGCUGACCUGGAUGCACCCAUGGCCAACAUUAGCCUGACGGAUUCCGCUGCUACCAACGAAUACAGCCCUGAUGUGAUCGCUCGUGCAUCAGAGCAGUCUACCUCUAAUGACUACAAUCAAGCAGCUACUGGAAUGGCAGCUUCGGCUUGUGUGCGGCGUUGUGAGCUUCCCUACUUCGAUCUUGAUCUGUCUGAGGAUCUCACCGUCCACUGUAGUGAAGCAGUACAGACGGUCGCCCACACCACCGAAUCCCCUGCACCUCCAGUAUGUGAGAGUAGGGCAGUAAGUCGAACACCGCCAGCAGCACCAGCGCCAGCAGCCUAUAUGCCGCUGGCAGAGCGUCUACGUGGCAGGCGUAACAAAGCAGUGAACGCCGGAAAGACUACAGACGUGACGGAAAAGCCUACAGCAACUGCUCAGGCUUCUGCGAAUCAUUACGACGGCCUAAUUCAAACGCUGGAUGAUCGGAACGUUAUAUCAGCCGUGACUAACUCCAGUCGUAACCAAUCUUCCCAAGUUAUCACUAACCCAUACAGUGAUACUAGCCACAGUAGAACAGUAGCUGAGCAGUCAUCUGUGCACAUGCACAGCGACACCGUGAAUGUCAACACGAGAACUACGACUGAACCGCAAAUAUCACUUGAUGAUUCUUACAUCAUGACAGUGUCUACACCACUGCAGCCUCGCUUUGGCAGACCGCGGGCCAUGUCGGUUGACAGCCCAGCCGAGAUGCGUACGAUGCAUCGCUCCCCCUUCGCUGGCGACACGUCAAUGCAGGCUGGUGCAGAUGACGACCAGGCUAUGGAUAUGACGUCGUCAUUCACAAUAGGUAGCCCAUGGCGAGUCCAUCCUGUGGAGGAGAGUUUCGGUCUGAGCAAGGAUGCACAGCUCUUGGCCAGCCUGGCGUCCGCCACACCAGCGGAGCAUGUGCAACACUAUCGUCAGCUGGCUUACACAGGCCACGGUGCAUCCGUGCAUGGAAUGUCCACUCCGACAGCGGCCAUGAGUCCCUGCUUGCCACGCGUGCAUGCACUCAAGCCGACAACCAAGCCCUCUCCAAUGUCAGACUCGAUGAAGCUGGAUGUUGGGCUGCUGACAUCCUUAGCAGACGGUAGCCCUAUGGCGUGUGGUUCAACCCGAGCUGCUGUGUUUGGCCUGGAGCAGAUGCCUGCAUACUGGGGAAGUUGUGCCAAGCCUAUUGUCAUCGAUUGACACCCUGGCUACUAUUUGCAUGUGUGGAUUUUUGGAAUUUUUGGAAUUUUUAUUCUCACAAUGGCCUGUAGUGUGCUGUUGUCAAUUUAUGCAGAAUGGCCUGCUACCGAUAGGAGCAGUUCUUCAAAGUAUUGUGUCACUGUAUUCUGCCCUAUUGUCUCGUGUCUGUGUACAUCUGUAGGUCUAUGCUCAGCUGUGCAGGUCACAGCAUUCCUGUUCUAUUCUCACAUAUUUGGCAAGUUUGAAAAGUUGAAGAUAUUCAUGUCUACCUUUUAAUAUUGACAUAGCAACCUCACGCAAGAAUUUAAUUUCCC